UCAGCUGGUGUCGCAUAAUAAUAUAGGACACUCAAAAAAAAGACAAAAUAUAGCAUGAAAUCCAUGUACCUUGAGUUGUCACUACCGCUGAGUGCAUGACGACUUCAGACACUGUCAAGAAGGCAUGGCUUCUUCAGCCAAGAGGAGAGCGGUAGGUUUGGGUGAAAAUCCCGAUGAAAGUGACAACAGCUCGGAUGAAAAUCUGGAGGACGACGAUGAUGAGUCCGGGGAGGAGGACAGCGAGGCAUCGGAGGAGGAGAUAAACGAGGAGGUCGUUGUGGACUUUGAAGCCCACACCAUUUCAGGCAACGACUACAACGGCAUCAAGAAACUCUUACAACAGGUCUUCCUGAAGGCUCAUGUUAACACAUCAGAGAUGACCGACAUCAUCAUUCAACAGAAUCAUGUUGGGAGUGUCAUCAGACAAGCCGAGGUGCCAGAAGACAGUGACGAUGACGAUCCAGAUGAAGUGUUCGGCUUCAUCACUAUGCUCAACCUCACAGAGAGAAAGGGUGUGCAAUGUGUAGAGGAGGUGAAGGAGCUGAUCGUGGAUCAGUGUGAGAAGAACUCAGCGAACCACAGCGUGACGGAGCAGCUAGAGCAGAUCCUCAGUGACACCAGCAAGCCUGUGGGGCUGCUGCUGAGUGAGCGCUUCAUCAACGUGCCACCACAGAUUGCUCUGCCGCUGCACAGACAGCUCCAAGAAGAGAUAGCUGAAGCUCAGAGGACAAAUAAGCCAAGUGGGAGAUGUCACUAUUGUCUGAUGAUCAGCAAGACCUGCAAAGAGGCGAGCAAGAAUAUUCCAGCCAGAGGAGGAGCUCCCAAAGAGGAAUACUUGUUUGUCAAUGCAGAGGAGGAAUUCUUCUAUGAGCAAGCCAUCAUCAAGUUCCACUACUCUGUCCAGGAAGAGGCAGACUCCUGUUUGAGCGGCAGGUGGUCGUUCGACGACGUACCCAUGAAACCUUUCAGGACAGUGAUGCUGAUACCAGCGGACAGAAUGCCUGUCGUUAUGGACAAACUCAAAGAAUACCUGACUGUGUGAACCUCACAAUAAAACA